UUAGCUGCCCACUGAAUACAGAUUCUUAUUUUACUUGCUGGAAUCUGAAUGUAAGGCUCAACUUAAAACAGCGAAUCAGUAACGGCAGCCGCAGACACAGAUUGAACUAUGGAAGCCACACACAUAGCUACGCAGAGAAGAAGAAGAUAACGGUAAUCUUUGUAAGAGCCUCAGAAGGAAUUGAAGAUUGGAACUUAGUUCAGGUUUGAAAUAUAAAAAGUGGUCAUUUCAAGUCAUCAAGAAAAUGAGAAGUGAUGAAGUUGCUGAAAGAAGCUUUCAAGACUUGCCUCCGUCUUCUUCUUAUGAAACUGCUAUGGAAGCACUUUCCUCUCUCAUUUAUAGCGUUAAGCAUGGAGAUAGGUCAAGUAUAGAUGGAACAACUUCAGGUAGAUAUGGGAAAUUGGAGAGGAUGCAUAUUUAUCUUAAGAUGUUAAGUUUGGAGGAACAUAUAGCUGGUCUUAAAAUAAUUCAUGUUGCUGGAACCAAAGGGAAGGGUUCAACAUGCGCAUUCUGUGAAGCUAUUUUACGGGAGUGUGGAUUUAGAACUGGACUCUUCACAUCUCCACACCUAAUUGAUGUGAGAGAAAGGUUUCGGAUAGAUGGGUUGGAUAUUUCAGAAUAUAAAUUUCUACAGUACUUUUGGGAUUGUUGGAACCAGUUGAAGGAAAAAAUUAUGGAAGACUUGCCGAUGCCCCCACUAUUUCAGUUCCUUACUUUAUUGGCCUUAAAGAUAUUUGUCUGCGAAAAGGUUGAUGUUGCAAUUAUUGAAGUUGGUCUUGGUGGGGAGUUGGACUCAACAAAUGUGAUCAAAGAGACUCUUGUUUGUGGCAUAUCUCCCUUGGGGAUGGAUCAUACAGAAAUUUUGGGAAAUACACUAGCAAAAAUUGCAUUCCACAAGGCUGGAAUUUUCAAGCAUAAAGUUCCUGCUUUCACGGUACCCCAACCUUCGGAAGCAAUGGAUGUUCUUCAGAGAAGGGCCUCUAAAUUAAUGGUUCCUUUACAAGUAGCGUCUCCCCUUGAUCCUGAAAAGUUGAAUGGAGUAAAGCUUAGCUUGUCUGGUGAUCAUCAGUUCAUAAAUGCUGGCCUUGCUGUUGCUCUUUGUAGAUGUUGGCUUCAAAGUACACGAAACUCAGAGGAACUCUUCGAAAACAAUUCAUCAGAUUUUCCAGAGGAAUUUCUGAAAGGUCUUUCAACUGCACAUCUUGCUGGACGGGCUCAGAUAGUUCAUGAUAUUAUCAAAGGAAGUUCGUGUGGAGAUCUGAUCUUUUACUUGGAUGGAGCUCACAGUCCUGAGAGCAUGGAAGUUUGUGCAAAGUGGUUCUCCAGUGCUGUAAAAGAAGACAAUAUAUCUUCUUCUUCUUUUGGGAAUGAGAAAAUGAAAGAAUCAUUGAGUAAUUGUGCUGGUCAACACAGAAAACAGAAUUUUGAGGGCUCAAAGAGAAUCUCAAAGCAGGUUCUUUUAUUCAAUUGCAUGGAUGUGAGAGACCCUCAGAUUCUUCUGCCACAACUUGUCAAUGACUGUGCUUCCUCCGGUAUUCAUUUUUCCAAAUCCCUUUUUGUUCCAAGUAUGUCAAAAUAUUACAAGGUCACAUCUGGUACUACAGUCAUGAGUGCAGAUUGUUUUCCUAAAGACUUGUCAUGGCAAUUCACUCUCCAGGGAAUUUGGGAGAAGAUAAUGCAUGGGAAAGAUGCUAUACUUGAAGAGAACUGCAAGAAAGAUAAGUCCGUGACCUCAACAUUUGAUGGAUCCCUUUUUGGAGAUUCUCCUCAGAAAUGCAAUCCUUCUGAGGGACAUUUCGCCUGCAGUGCUGUGAUUCCAUCGUUGUCAUUGACAAUAAAAUGGAUGAGAGACUCUGUUAAGAAAAACCCUUCUGUAAGAGUUCAGAAAAGCACUUCAAUAGCGUGGAGCUUUAGUUAGUUAUUUCAUGUCUUCAUUCUUAUACAAGAUCUUCGGAGCAGAAUUGGGUAUAUAAAGAAGCCUUUGGAUGUGGAUCUGGAUCCAACUGAAUCUGUUGCAUGCCAUGUCAAUGGAAUAAACUAGGCAAUUGAUUUCUUUGAUCAUGAUGGAAGAUUAGAAGCUAAGAGGACCUAAGUUAAUGUUUGUUGCUAUAGUAAUCCUUUGUUUUAAAUCUGGUUUUUCUUGUUUAUCAGGGAUAAUCAUAUCCACAUUUAGUAGAGUUUAGUAGGGUUAUUUAGGUCUUUUAUGCUUUUUAAUUUGUUUCCAUUUAAUGGACGGAAUUUUACAUUUUUAGAGUCAAAUACUGAGCAUAUUUCAGUCUUUUCUUAAUUAGGGUAAUCAGGGGCUAUAGAAGGUUCUAAGUAACCAACUUCUGGUCAUCCACUUGUAUUUUCUUAAUCGAGAUAUUUUCCUGAGCAGAAACUCUUCAACUCUAUGGUUUAUCCUUUGUUCUAUCAAUUUUAUUAGUUUUUCUUUUAUUUUAACCAGAGAAAUCAAUGAGGAUUGAGUCCUUCAUGUUUCCUUGCUUUAGAUGACCAAAAUUUUCAAUAUUGAGAAUAAUGUUUGAGUCUAGAUUGUCAGCCAAAAUGUUGGCCUAAAAACCCAUAGUGACAGAAAACAAACUGAUAUAAGGAAGAGUUUCUUUAAUGCCUCUGCUUCGUGCCUAAGUAUUCAUGCCUCAAUGUGCUACUUUUGUGUCUUCUUAGGAAAAUCAUAUAUAAGGCAAGAGUUUCUCGAUGCCUCUGUUUUGUGACUAAUUGUUCAUCAUGCCUCGAUGUGCUGCUUUUGUGUCUUCUUAGGAAGACCAAUAUAUAGAAAGGGUGAGUGGACAGAAGUCCAGCAGAGUUGCACCAACUACUAGAGUGCAACUCCAGCAGCCAUAUCUGUCACGUGACCGGUAAGGCAGGGCCCAAGUUUCUGUGAGAAGUAGGUCUGACUCUCCCCUACUUAGGGGUGAAGUCUGAGCCUAAUCGAACUCUGCCAAAUGCUAAAAUAAAGCAAAGGAAAUGGUUAAACAAAAUCUUUGAAAAUUUUUGGCCAAUGAAAUUACAAAGGGAAAAUGUGCACUAUAAGGUGUACUUACAAUCGAAUUAGGAACCCUGACCUCAUGAUGUCCUCUUCCCAUAUAACAGUUGCCGUGCCACAUGGGCAGAUUAUGGGUGCAGAAGCUGCACUUCCCAUCUGCUCUGGUGGUUUGCAUCUAUUUUGCCAACAGUUUUCUUGUUCCUCAUUUCUAUGUCUGAUUUCAUAUUUGCUACU